UAAAUGAACAAAUCCAGGCUCGAGUUGAAGAGGACGACCCAGUUAUGGCUGCCGUUAAUGCCAAAGUUGAAGAGUGGAAGAAUAUUUUAUCAGAAAAAGAUUUGGAAAUUUUGAGUAUCAGCAGAUGAUCAGACACUUGAGGGACAAACAUCGAGCUGAUCAGAUGGACUCUAACAAAAGCAACAUUAUCGCACUGCGGCAGGCUGUGCAAGAGAGGGACAACCAAAUCAAGAUGCUGUCUGAGCAAGCUGAGCAGUACACAACAGAAAUGCAAAAGAAUGCUGUGCUCAUUGAAGAGCUAAAGAAACCGGUAAAGAAAGAUAAAGGGGACGGAUGGUUUGGAAGCUGCCAUCACUGAGAUCAAAGAAUGCAAAAAUCAAAUCCGAGUGAGAGACCGGGGAAACAGAAUCCAUGAUAAAAGCGAUAAACCAACUGGAGAUCAAAAUCAACAAUCUGCUAGAUGAGAAUGAAGACCUAUGAGAACGCCUUGGUAAGUUUCCUCAGCCUGCUUUUAUUCUUUCAGGAAUCCCGUAUAAAUGAUCUCUACACCCAGACAUAUUAGAUUGUUUUCAUAUCUCUUGUUGAUUUUGCUAAGAUAAAAAUCUGCUUUGACUCUC